AUGCCCGUCCACGACUCUCACAGCGGUGCGGGUACCGCCUCCCGCCGACUCCGCGGGCCUUUGCCAGCGGCUUCCGCAUUCCAUUUGACUCCCCGUCGCCUGCUGCUCCUUUCCACCGCCUUAUUCGGACUUCUCGCACUCCUGCGCUUCUCCCCGCACUCCGCGCUUGACAUCCGGCUGCGGUAUCGCGCUCCGCAAGAGCAGAACUCCUCCCCUUCUCAUAUCGCGCAGAAUUUAAGAGACAAUGCUCGACAUACGCCAUUGUUGGAGGCGGAUACAUCCGCGGAAGGGCUGCGCGGAUCCGCGGGUUACGCGGUGAAUCUCGGCUACGCACGAGGCGAUUCGAGGGAAGGCAACAGCCGCAAAGGGUGGCGGAAACUAAGGCGAGAACUGUUAUAUGUGGAGUGGCGCGCGCGCGUUGAUGCGCUUUCCGCGGAGCGGGCGGAGAAUGGGCCGUGGUGGGCGCGGGCGGAGUGGAGUUGGGCGGAGAAGGGGGAAGCGGAAGAGAGUGGGGAAGAGUGGAAAAUGGAGGAGGAGCAGUGGGUGCGGGAAGAGAGAGAGGGAAAAUUACAGGAUAUGCCGACUGGAGGUAAUGAGGGAGGGAGUGAGGGAGGGAAUGAGGGAGGGAAUGAGGGAGUGAGUGAGAAUGAGGGAAGUGAUGAUGCAUUACUGCUCGCGCCAGGAGCUGCAAAGGCUGAGUCAGCAGAUCAGAAUGAUGAGUCAGCAGAUAACAGAUACGAGUCAGCAGAUGACAGGGAUGAGUCAGCAGGUGACAGGCAUGAGUCAGCAGAUAACAGUGUACUAGGGAGUUCAGAUACUGAUGGGAGAGUGGCUGUGGGAAAGGGGGGGUUGAGAGAAGCGGAGGAGGGAAACGAUUACGAUGAUGACGGGGAGUGGGUCGAGGAGGAGAAUGAGGGGGCAGGGGAGGAUGAUGAGGAUGAAGAGCGUGAGGAGGGUGAGGAGAGUGAGGAGGAUGAGGAGGAUGAGGAGGGUGAGGAAGAUGAGGAGGGUGAGGAGGGUGAGGAGGGUGAGGAAGAUGAGGAGGGUGAGGAAGAUGAGGAGGGUGAGGAAGAUGAGGAGGGUGAGGAAGAUGAGGAGGGUGAGGAAGAAGAGGAGGGAGAUGGGGGAGAUGGGGGGCCAGGAGGGGGGAGUCAACCGAGUCAACUGAGUCAACCGAGUCAGCAGGCACCAGCGCCUGUUGCUGCUGCAGGCGAGUCUGUUGAAGCAGCAGCAGGAGGAGCAUCGGAUGUACCCUUUCCUGACGUGACUGAAGCCCCGCCACCGAGAGCAUCAGAUGCGCCUUCACGCGAGGUGACUGAAACGGGGGAUGCUGCAGAUGUGCCCUUUCCCAAGUCCCCUCGCACAGUGCCACGGGGAGGGUUGGAUGUGUGGCGCUCACCUGAGGGGCCUAAAACGGGGCUAGCGGGAGGGUCGCAUGAGCGCUCACUUGAGGGGAAUCAAGCACGGGGAGGCUCGCAUGGGGUGCCGAGCUGGGCGGUGAUGGUGACGCAGCGGGAGAAGUGGGAGGAGGAGGCGGAGCGGGAGGAGGCGCGGGAGAGGGACGUGGAUGAUGCACGUGUGGCGCUGGCACCGCUGCUGGCGGCGAUGCAGGGUGAGAGGACGAUGAGGGAGGAGAAGGUGAGGGGGGAGACGAGGGACUGGGGGGAUGAGGAGAAGACGAGGGGGGAGGAGAGGGAUGGUGGAAUUGAGAGGGAAAUGGGGGCAGGGGAGAGUGGGAAGGAGAGAGGAGAGGAGGUUGUGGAGCAAGAGCAUAUUUAUACGGGACCUGCUUAUAACGAACAGUUUGGUGCUGCUGCCCCUGGUGCGAGCGUGGAUAUUUAUGCUGGCGAUACAGUGCUGCGUGAUGGACUUGUGCAUGCUAACGAUGCAGCCAGAAUCGAGGAUAGGGAUGGGGAUGGUCAAGGGGAGAAGAGUGGGGGGAGGGAAGGGGUGAGAACGAAUGGAGAGGGGGGUGCGGAGGUGAGGGGCGGAGGGAAAGGUGAGGAGGUGAGGCGGAGAGAGAAGGGUGACGAGACGGCGAGAGGAGAGGUGGUUAUAUCUGAUGGCAGAAGGGUGAGAGGACAGCGCAUGAAGGUUCGACCCAGGUGGGUGCGGUCAGAUAAGGGCGCGUUGGGGAGGCAAAAGAGGUUCGGUGGCAAGGAGUGGAGAGGGGCGGGGCAGGGUGGGAGGAGGGAGGAUACCGGGGAAGGAAGGAGGGGGAUGAAGGGGGAGAAGGAAGGGUUAGGGGAGAAGGAGAGGGAGAUGGAUAGAGACGGUGAAAGGGGCAGAACGGGGCGGCUGUUGAGGGGUUUGGAUGUGGGCGCGGAGGGAAGUGGGGAGGCGGGUGGUGGGAGGGAAUGGGAUGAGGAGGAUGGAAGGGGAGAAAGGACUGAUCAAAGCAGAGGAAGAACAGUGGGUGCGAGUGAGGGAGUGAGUGAGGGAGUGGGCGAGGGAGUGAACACAGGAAUGAGUGAGGGAGGGAGCGAGGGAAGAGAGGGAGUGGGAGGGGAAGAGGGAGCAAGAGGGGGAGAGGGAAUAAGCAAGAGAGCAGAGGAGGCGAGAGGAGAGGAGGUGAGAGGAGAGGAGGUGAGUGAGGAGGAGUUGAGGCGGCGAGUGGGGCUCCUGGUGUGGCCCAUGCCGGCACUCAUUGCUGCUGUGGGGCGUCAAGAGGCGGCCAUCAGUCCCUUGCUGCAGCUGUCGCUGGAGCUGGGGGAAAGGGGUGCAGGGAUGGGAGAUGAGGAGGAGGGAGAGGAGGGGGAGGAGGGGGGUUGUGAGUGGGGCAACGGGGAGGGUGGUGAGGUGGGCGGUGAAUAUGGUGGCUCUUCACGUGUGCGGCAGCAAGAUGCAGCACAGGUGGCGUCACAGGAGGCUUCAAGGGAAGCAGCAGGGCGGGCAGCAGGGGGGGCAAGGAGACGUGCAUCACAGCAGGCAGCAGGCCGUGCGGUGCUGUGUGCUGCCUUCCACCACUUUCUCUCCUCCACCCUCUCCCCACACCGCUCCCUGCCCGCCCUCCUGGCUGCGCUUGAGGAAAGGGGAGGUGGAGAAGGAGGAGGAGAGGAGGGAGGAAAAGGGCAAGGGGAGAAAAGUGCAUGGCAGCAGCCAGAGGAGGGGUCACUGAUGUUUCGUGCGAGCGGCAAACUGUUGUCCGAUUCCCCAGGCUCAUCACUGCUCGCCAGGUGUCACGUGCUGGUUGGACGGCUGGGUCAUGGGCCUGUCUCGUGGUGGCUGAGACAGGUGGUGCUGUCCACGUGGCAGCUGUUCACUGGCUGGGAGGACAGGCUGUUGAGAGAGCAAGGGGAGGAGACCAGGGGGAGGAGCAUGGUCAACGGCAGCAGCAGCAAUAGCAGCAGCGGCAGUGGCAGCGGCAGCGGCAGCGGCAGCGGCAGUGACAGCGACAACAGUAGCGGCAGGGGGGGCGAGACAGUGGGGGCAGUGCUCCUUGUAGAAUCUCUGCUCAUUGCGGUUGCCCGGCCAGAGGAAGAGCUGGAGCCCCCCCACACCCAACAACCAACCCCCCUUCCCCCUUCUUCCUCACAGCUGGAGGUGGGGGCAGACGAGAGCUAUGUGCUCACUGCGGGGGUCCCUGCUGCACCGGGCCAUUCGUCGUCAGCAGCAAUGAUCAAAAUCCACGUGAGCAGGAGUGCUGGGCGCGGUGCAGGGGAUGGGUUGCGGUGCACGGGUGGUGUGGUUUCUCCAUGUUGUUGCAUGCACCCCUCGCAUGCACCCCUCGCAUGCACCCCUCGCAUGCCACCGUGUCUCGUCACCCACCCUCUCCCCUCUCCACCCAUUCUUUCCGUGCUUCUUCCCCCUCCUCCUCCCUGCGUCCACCCCUCCCCCCAUUGCUCCGCCAGGCAAACACAACAAUGGGCGCACUCAGAGCACUGGAG